CUGUAGUGGAUGACUCAUGACUCAUGCUUUAUUAUCUUUUGACUACUUUUUGUUCACAAGGUUUAUUCGCAUUUAGCAGAAGAAAAUCCUGUGCCAAUCUCGUCUUGUAGCGUUCUAACUUUUCCAAAAACUAACAGCUAGAUAAUUUUUCUGUUCACAAACUCACUCUUCUUCCGCUGCAGUAAGAGAAAGGAGAGAUAAUUGAUUCCAAUGGCAGAGAGUUCUUCGUCAUUGGCUGUGCCCACUUCUCCCACUAAGUAUGAUGUGUUUCUCAGCUUCAGGGGGGAAGACACACGUCACAACUUCGUCAGUCACCUUCACGCAGCGCUGCACAGGAACCACAUCGAAGCAUAUAUUGAUGAGAGAGAACAAAAGGGCGAAGAAAUUUCGCCUGCACUCCAAACUGCGAUAGAAGAAUCAAAGAUCUAUGUCCUUGUUUUCUCCGAAAACUAUGCAUCUUCGACGUGGUGCUUGAAUGAACUGUCUAGUAUACUAAACUGCAAGAAGAGAUAUAGAAGAGACGUGAUACCGAUUUUCUACAAAGUGGAUCCAUCAACUGUCAGGAAGCAGGAAAAAAGAUACAAAGCAGCUUUCGAAGAGUAUGAACAGCGGUUUAAGGACGACAUGGACAAAGUGCAAGGAUGGAAGGAUGCUCUAACCGAAGCUGCUGGACUCUCCGGUUGGGAUUCAAACGUUAUCAGGUCAGAAAACACACUUCUUGAACAAAUUGUGAAAGAUAUUUUGAAAAAAUUGAAUCUUGAUUCCAUUAGUUAUGAUCAAGGAAUUAUCGGCAUUGAAAAACAUAUUGAAAAAAUUCGGUUCUUGAUGCAUUUUGAGUCAUCAGAUAUUCGAAUCAUAGGAAUUCGUGGCAUGGGAGGAAUAGGAAAGACUACAAUUUCUGAACAAAUAUAUUACAAAUUGGCAAUGCAAUUUGAUUCCAGAAGCCUUGUUUUAGACACUCAGAAAAAAAUAGAAAGAGAUGGAAUAGACACUGUCAGAAAAAAAUAUAUGUCUGAGCUUCUAAAUGAAGUACCAUCCCCCAGUUUAUACUACAGUGAUAGACUUAAACGAAUGAGGAUUCUCAUCAUUCUUGAUGAUGUUACCGAUUCAGUUAAAGUUAAACAAUUGGUAGGAAGGCUUGAUAGUUUUGGACAAGGCAGUAGAAUCAUUAUAACCAGUAGAGACGGACAAGUGUUAAAGAAUGCUGGAGCUGAUGACAUCUACGAAGUUAAGGAGUUGAAUUAUCUUGAUUCUCUACAACUUUUUAAUUGGCAUGCUUUUAAACAAAAUUCUUCAAAAGCAAAUGCUUACAUGAACUUGUCAAUAGAGAUGUUGAGAUAUGCAAAAGGAAUUCCAUUAGCUCUCCAAGUUGUGGGUUCAUUACUUUAUGAUAGAGAAACAGAAGUAUGGGAAAGUCAGUUGCAAAAGUUGGAGAAGUGCCAAGAUCUUGAUAUUUUCAAUGUAUUAAAAUUAAGUUAUGAUGAGCUUGAUGAGGAGCAGAAAAAUAUAUUUCUUGAUAUGGCUUGCUUUUACAGAGGACAUGAGGAAAUUGUGGUUGCAGAAAGACUAGAAGAUUGUGGUUUCUCUUCUUUAAUUGGAAUUGAUGUUCUCAAAGAUAAAUGUCUAAUAUCUGUCUUGGACGGUAGAAUUAUGAUGCACGAUCUAAUACAAGAUAUGGGUCAAGAAAUUAUUCGUAAAGAGUGUCCACAACAUCCUGGAAAACGCAGUCGAUUGUUGAAAGUUGAUGAAAUUCAUGAGGUUUUAAGUAAGAACAAGGGGUCAGAUGCAAUACAAAGUAUAUUAGUAGAUGUGGGAAAAAUGGAAGAAGUUGAAGUACAUGCACAAACUUUCGAAGUGAUGAACAAUCUUAGGAUGCUUAUGCUAUAUUAUUCUACUGAUAUAAAUGAAACAAAAGUGUUUCGUGAAUCAUCUCUUGUAGGUCUUCCAGACACUUUAAAGAUUCUUUAUUGGACCGGUUUCCCUCAAAGAUCUUUACCACCGAACUUUUACCCAGAAAAUCUAGUGAGACUCGAAAUGCCAAACUGCCAUCUUGAACAACUUUGGGAAGGAGAUCAGAAUUUACCGAAAUUGAAAAGGCUCAAUCUGAGUGGUUCUCAGAAACUCACCGGGAUACCAGACCUUUAUCUGUCACCAAAUAUUGAAGAAAUAAUUUUCAGUGAUUGUCCAAAGUUGAUUAAAGUUUACUCUUCCAUAUUACUCAGCAAGCUCAGUUGUUUAUGUUUAGAUUCAUGUUUGAAUUUGAAGAGUGUAACUGUUCCCAGCAAUAUUCUAUCCACAUCACCAGGAUUGAUUCUUUUUUCCGGGUGUGACAAGCUUGAGAUGUUUUCCAUCGGUCAACCUCAUGUGAAACUGAAGCGUCAACGUGAAACUUUCUCAAUAUUCCCUCGUGAGGAACCGAAGUAUCAACGUAGAACUUUCUUAAGAUCAAGUUAUAUUCCGGAGAGGGCUGUAUAUGAUUAUUUCUCAACUUGCAGUGACAUUUUCUCAAUUAUUUUCGACAGAUAUGAGGAAGAAGAAAACGAAGUGACUGAUAAUAAUAUAUAUGAACAAAGUCAUACAUUGUCGACAGAACUCGAAGAAGGUGUGCCUUUAAACUUUCCAAGUCUCAAGAAGCUCUGUUUCAUAAAUUUCUUUAACUGUUCUUCCCUUACAACCUUCCCAUGUGACCUUUCUGAGACGAAAUUCCUGAAGCAACUUUGUCUCUGUCUUUGCUUAAAAUUGGAAAAUUUCCCCGAAAUUGAGGACACGGUGGAAGGUCUAGCGGUUCUCAUCUUAGACGGCACAGCCAUACAGGCACUACCUUCAUCCUUGUGGCGUCUGGUAGGGCUUGAACAACUGAGUUUGCGAGAUUGCAAGAAUCUUGAGAUUAUUCCAUCUUCCAUUGGAAGCCUCACCAGACUAUGCAAAUUAGACCUUACCUACUGUAAAUCACUUCAAACUUUUCCAAGUACCAUUUUCAAUUUGAAGUUGAGGAAACUUGAUUUGUGUGGUUGCUUAAAGUUGAAGACCUUCCCAGAGAUCACGGAGCAGGCACAAACUUUUGCUCACAUAAACUUAACAGAAACGGCUAUCAAAGAUCUGCCUUCCUCAUUUGGCAAUUUGAUUAAUCUUCGAUCCCUGCAGCUCAACAAAUGCAGGGAUCUCGAAUUACUCCCAAACUCUAUUGUCAAUCUAAAGCAUCUCUGUAAACUUGAUUGUUCGGGAUGUGCCAAAUUAACAGAAAUCCCAACACACAUUGGUAGCCUGUCGUCAUUAAUGGAACUGUCACUGAGUGAGAGUGGAAUCGUGAACCUUCCGGAAAGCAUUGCUAAUCUUACAAGCUUGAAAUCACUUGAUUUGAGUGGCUGCAAAAAUCUUGAAUGCAUCCCAAAGAUUCCAACGUUUCUAAAACAACUGGUGGCAUUGGAUUGCCCAUCCAUUAGACAAGUGAGGUCAAAUUCUCUUGUUCAAAACCUCUCAAAUUCCAAAGAGAGUUUCUUCAAUUUUCAUUUGACCAAUGCUCAACAACUGGAUUCGGGUGCUCGUGCUAACAUUGAGGAGGAUGCAAGGCUUAGGAUGAGCAACGAUGCAUAUAGGUCUGUGUUUUUCUGUUUUUCAGGGAGUGCAAUUCCUCAUUGGUUUCGUUUUCGUGGCAAGGGACGUUCAGUGACUAUAAAUGAAGAUUUAAGCUUCUGCAACGAUGAUAGGGUCAUUGGUUUCGCUUUGUGUGUUGUUUUUGGACUGUUAGAUACGAAUGAUAUUGAAGCUAGACGUGGUUAUUUUAGUUACAGCCUAAAAUUUGAAUCUGAUGACGGUGGCACACACAUUAUUCCAAAUAAUGAUUUGUUAAAAAGCUAUUUCAAAUGGAAUGGUGAAGAGAGACCUAUUGAUCAAGAUCACACAUUCAUGUGGAAAUUUAACUUGGAGUCCCUAAAGACGAGCAGCAUGAGCCUUAGACUCUGUGAUGCUAGCAGCUUCACUUUUGAGAUCAAUCCGCUUGAUUUUGACUUUCGGUGGCCAAAUUACGACUCAGUUGUGGGAGAGUUCAAAUCAGUUGUCACAAUAAAAGAAUGCGGCAUAUGCCCUCUUUAUAGAAGCGGAAGCAAUGUUACAGAGUCUUGAAGGGAAACAAAGGAAGAUAGGAAGAGGAAGGCAGAAAGCUACUUAGUGUUCUGCUAAUUGAUCUUCCGUUGGUGAGUGUGGCUUAUAACCAAUACUUAUUAAUUACAAAAUUUCAAAACGUUAAACUUUUAUUAUGAAUUUCUCAUUUUUAAUUUAUUUUGUUUUUAUUUACAUUUUUAAUGGCAUUUUACAGGUGGGUUCGUUCAGACAAGAUUUGUAAGUUAUUGUUAGAUAUAGUUUGAUUUGUAAGUUAUUGUUAGAUAUAGUUUGAUUUGGACGUAAGUUGAGUUGCUCCGUUGUCCCAAAGUUACAUUUUCUUGAAACUCUUCAUUUUAAUUUCUUUAGCAUAUUUUGGCUUUCAUUUGCAGCGAAGGCAUUAUGAAAUCUUGAGGAGCUGCAUUUGCAAGGGUAAUUCGUAAAUGGGAAAAUGUUUCUGCCAAUUGAAUAUCAUAUCAUUGUAUUUGGAUUGUGCAUGGAGCUGUAAAACCAUAAAAUUGUUUAUUGGUUAACUUGGAUGACUGAAGAUGAUAAGAAGUUAUUUGUUGUUGUUCUUCGUUUAUUCACUUUGAGACACUUGUUUCA